CUCAGUUUGUGUUUUGAAAAUUAAAUCAGAUUUGUUUUGCUCGAAAAAGAUUAAUUAACAUGAAUAUAUGUGCUGUAUUAGUGAUUAUAAAUGUGGAAUAAUGUCGCGUGGAAAGUCUAGAGGUGCUGUAGAUAUUUGCGGUGAUUGUGGAUGUGCAGAUGCUCCUUUUGCAUCAUUAAAUCGAGGCAUUCUAUUAUGUAAUGACUGCUCAUCUGUUCAUCGACAGUUAGGAAGUCAUAUAAGUAUUGUAAAAGCUUUAAGACAAGGACAAUGGAAUCCUUUACUUUUAAAUUAUAUUCAUCAAAUUAAUAAUCAUGGUUCAAAUUCAGUUUGGGAACAUUUGUUGCUGGAUCCAAAUUCUAAGCAGCAAAAGAAAAAACCAACUCCAAAAGACACAAUUCAAACAAAAUCAGCAUUUAUACGUGCUAAGCACAUGAACCUUGAGUUUGUUCUAAAACCCAACUUGCAAAAUGAGAAUGCAACAAGUAUAGAAACGGAACUAAGUAAACAGCUUCAUGCCAGUGUACGAUCUGCCAAUUUAGAAACUUCUCUUCGUUUAAUUGCUCAAGGUGCCAAUUGUAAUUAUGUUCACGUUGAAAAGAACUCGACAACUCCUUUACAUGUUGCCGCAAAAUUCGGUCAAAGUGCACAAGUUGAACUGCUGCUGUUGUAUGGCGCAGAUAUAAACUCAGUUGAUGGCAAUGGAAAUAAUGCAAUUGAACUUGCCAAACAGAAUAACUUUGCUCAACUCGCAGAUAGAUUAGUUGAAGCAAGUUAUGAAGUCUCUGACCGAAUUAUUUACUUUUUGUGUGGAAGGAAACCCGAUCAUGCUAGUGGACAGCAUUUAAUUAUACCCGAACAUAGCAAAGUCGAGAUAAAUGAGCAUUUAAAAAUAGCUCGUGGAAAAUUGCAAUUAAUACCGAAUAAAAUGUUCGAGGAACUUGUAAUGGAUCUAUACGAAGAAGUUGAUCGACGUGAGACUGAAACUAUAUGGUCCACAUGCUCGACAAACCCAGAGAUAGGAGGUGUUCCAUUCUUGCCAACAAAUCCACAUUUAUCAGCAACACGAAAUCAAGGACGCCAAAAGCUUGCGCGUUUCUCUCACGCCGAAUUUUGUGGACUCUUGAAUGAUAUUUUAGUUGAUGCUAGACGUCGUCAAAAUAUCGCCAAUUUGAGGCCACUCGAACAAGUGCAAUUGAAAAAUAAGAAUCGUGAAUCGACCAAUUCCGAUGAUGAGCCACUUUAUGAUGCUGUUUGCGAAGAUGAUGAUUACAGUCAAUUGCCUCCGUCAGUUACUCAACAGAAUUCAGGCAGUAAUGUCAAUCCAGUUCAACCUUCGUCAACGACAACAUCAUCGACAUCAGCAACUACAUCAACUGUUAUAGCACAGCCACAAACUGAGGCCGAAGUUGAAAUAUUAAAAAAGCAAUUAAAACUUCAAGAUCUUGCAAUAUCCGAAUUAAAAUCGAUGAUUGAAAAGUUGUCUUUGGAAAAUGCAUUUUUAAAAAGUGCGCAGUCUGAUUCACGUUCAAUGUCUUCCACUGACGUGCAAUUACGAAUUCAUGAUUCACCAGAAAUAUUAGUGGAUGGUGAGUCAUCAUCGAAAAUGAUUAGUGCCAAUAUCAAUUCUAUUAUGAGUGCUAAAAGACCUGUAUCUAUGUAUGAGGCUAGACAAGUUCCUCGUGAUGAUAUUCGUCCGCCAGUUACACAAAGCCUUUAUUCAAUGGCUUCAAAUUCGUCUGGUUCGUCGACCUCAAACACAUCAUUGCCAUUGGUUGAAGAAGUAACGAAAAGAACUGAAACUGUUACAAGACAAAUUCAAGAACUAUGGCUUGCUAUGCAGGACCUAACGUUAAAAGAAAAGUUUAUUCCUUGUUCUGAGCGUAUUAGGAUUGGUGUGUCUGAUCUUAUUGCUAUAUUUCCAGCAAAUUUAAGCGAGGAACAUGAAGUUUUACGAAAUGCUCUAAGACAAUUAAAUGUUAAUACAAAUUCCAUUCAAAAUGAAUGCUCAAAUUUACAGCGUGCCCUAAGCUCAGAAAAUCCGUCAAAUAUUGACAUGCAUUUGCAGCAAGUCCGUAAUUGUGCCUACAACUUGGCAAAAGCGACUAAAAUUUUAGUAACACAAUUUCAACAAUGAACUAGAAAGCGAGAGAGUUUCAAAAUUAAACUAAUUAAUCAAUGACUAAUUUUUGAGUAGCUCCUACACAAGAUACAUGGAUGUGUACACGCAAUGUAUGACGUAUGCAAUUUUUGAGUAAAUUUCAAUACAUUACCAGUACACAUCUAUAUGUCUCGACCUAAAGUUAUUUAAUAAAAAACAUUUCAUAUUUAAAAUUUAACAACAACUGUGUCAGGUAACUAAUUGAGAGACAUUAUUUUACAA